AUGAAGGGCCUCGUCCAGGCUACCACAACAGCAGAUGGCGGAGAGAUCGUGACUACGGGUCGACUGAGAGCCGACAUUGUGAGUGCCAUCAACACUGCCGGAGGACGCGCCUCGUCUCAUGAGUUGGAGGUUGCCACCGGCGUUUGUCAAACGACUAUUGGAGCAGCCGUCAGGGAGUUUUGGACGGAACAGCUGCAUGGCCGCUGGUUCCAGUGCGAAGAGGGACUUCAGGUCUUUACCAGCGCAUACCUAUCCUCUCUGGCUCUCGAGGCAGGUACAGCUGCCGCCGAACGAGGGCGGGUUUCACUGAAAGAAUUGGCGCCAAUUCUCAAGCUGCCAGUCGAGUUCACAGGGACUCUAGUCUCGGAAUGGAUGCAUGACCCAGGAUCCCACCUCAUGACGGCGCGAAAGCUCAAACUAGUGAGCGGGGCCCUAGUGACGGAGGCCUACGAAAAGACGAAACGAGCCGAGCUAUGCUCGAUUUGCGGCGCUGCGACGGAGCCGCGUUCGGUCGAAGAGCUGAUGGAAGACUGUGAUCUCCUGCACCCAGAGGAGGAAGAGAUGGCCCUCGAGCUGCUGACAGGGUUAACGGAGUCGGGCGAGCUCGAGGGGUCGCUCGCUGGCGGUGCGCGUGGUGCCCAAGCUUACGUUCCGGACUCCUUUGUGGCGGCCCAGCACGAAGCCGCGCACGCCUUCUUCUCUGCCAACGACUACCUGGACCACGCCACCGCAUCAGGCCUGCAGGUGCGCAAGCUUCACGCGUUUGUCAGGGACAGACACCCCGAUGCCGUGCUCCUAGAGAAGGUGGUCGUGAGCAGUGCGGUGGUCGAGCGGCUCCAGGCGGUGGCAGACGGGGCCGUUGCCGAAGCGUCGUGGUUUGAGGCGUGGGCAGUAGUUCCAACCGUCCUGUCGGAUGCCGAUGCGGCCCAUCUGGUGGGAAUGUGCGCCGCGUGUAAGCGUUCGGACGGGGACCCCCUGAAGGUGCUGCAGCUCGGGGUGUAUGGCGUAAGCGCAACGUUUGUGCAAGGCAUCAUCGCUCAGUUUCGGGAGGAAGCCGCAUCGGAGUCGAGUUCUACCGCUCCCUCUGGCGGUUCGUGGGGGGGCGAGGGGCACCCGGCUCGCGCCAGCGCUAGCGGCGGCUCUUCCCGCAAGGGCGGCGGCAAGAAUCGCAAGAGAGGUGGUUCGAGGAAGCCCGGCGGAGACGUUGACCUUGCGGCCGAGAGAGAAGCGGAGCGUUUCGUUCGGCGUUGCAGGCCCGAGCUGGAAGACUUCGCCCGCCUGGUGACGGCCCUGGGAGCGCACGUUGCUCCUGCUCUGCGGGAGGCGAGGGAGGAGGUGGUCCGACGAGCAAACCAAAGGAGUAGCGCCGACAGCUUUCACGAGCGGGCGGAUGCGUUCGAAACGGCGUUUGAAACGAGCUACUUUGACUUCCAGCUGCGCUGCCGAGGAGUGCAAGCCCUUCGCAAUUCUCUGCGACAGCAGCAGCAGCAGCAGCAGCGCUCUGUGCCUAGGCAUCCCGAUGGCGGGGACGGCCCUCCCGUCAGCGGCAAAGAUGGUUGUGAAUCGGAAGGGCUCGCCGAGGAGUACUUGCUCAGGACGUUAGGAGCUCAGCUGGCCGAACUGGUGACCGCGAGAGAGUGCGAGAAGCUGGGUAUCCCGUUCGCUUCACAGGACGGAGGAGCAUGCCGACGUCCAGAGGAGCGCAUGCCUUUCAUUUCCAAGGCUGCUUGUUCCGCUCUAGCCGAGGUUCUGUCCGGAGACGUGGCGGGAUCCCUCGUGCGCCUGUGGCAGGCCGCGACGGCCGGCUGUCAGCUGUCGGAUUUCUGUGAGACUCUCGAAGAUCAGGUGUUUCCCGUGUGCAACCUGGUCGGUAGGCGUCUGGACAAGCGCCAAGAACGCCUGAUGGUCGAAGACAGACAGCGGGAGACGAAGGCGAGCUUGUUCCGAAGCGUCUCAGAGCGAGACGUCUUCCACUUUGCCGCACUUGUGGUGUUCCAGAGCGUCACCGGGGCUACCCCCUUGCUUCCAACCCCGGGGCUCCCGCAGCCGACGCAAGAAGGCGGGCACGAUAGCAGCCAGCAGCAGCAGCAGCAGCAGCCCUGGGCCGGGGUGCUGCUAGACGCAGUUCGAGGACAUGUCUCUUCAGAGACAGAAGAGUGUCUCUCCGGUCUCCAGCGGGAACUUCAGGCCUCUGAAGCUGUGGCUACUUGGGCUGAUGCCGGCGAGAGCGGCCGAGGCGCGGCAGAAGAUUCUUCGGUUGGCAACAACGACGGCGUUGUUCGCGUCAAGGCUGAGAAGGCAAGGGACAAGGACGCCACCGCGGGCCUCUUCCUUGUCGCCUCGGUGCAUGGGUUCAUUGCCUCUUCUUGCGCACGUAGUGCGCUGCGUGCUAGCUCUACCCGCGGCAACGGUUUCCUAGCAGUGGGGACUCAAGAGGCUUAUGGGCGGGUCACCGAAAGCCGGAACCACGCCAGGGGCGUUCGGCCACUCUCUAUGACCAAACCUAACUUCACGAAGACCCUGGGGACCGUCCUGAUCGUCGGCUCGACCAUCGGGGUGUCGGCGAUCCCAUUUUUGUCAUUGGGGCCACAGCAGCAGGCCCUAAGACUGUACGCGUUGUCGACGAAGACGGUAACACUUCCGAAAGAGAUCCCGGUCUUCUUCUUGAGGGACGAGAGCGGUGCCGUGCACGUGGAGAACGGCGAGGGUCUCUUCUUCAUGUCCCCGGGAGACGCCAAGGAAAAGCUUCAAGACCUCAAGGGCGCGGAAGGGACGAAGGUAGCGGCCACGACGCUCGACGACGUCUGGUACCCGCUCAUCAAGAAGAAGGGACUGAACAAGAAUUCGGUGGCCGCGGGGGCCUCGGGGCUUAGCGACCUCUCCGCCCGUUACAGGAUCAUCCCGCGAAGCAACCAGGUCGCCCAGGCGCUGGAGACUCAGGGCUGGAACGCCGUCGCGGAUGCGGGCGGCGUGCCGGUGUGGGCGGCGGAGACCCUCGCCUUCAGAGGGACGGGGAACAAGAUGAAGCUGCCCCUCUUCACCAACGUGGACGACCUGAUGACCAGCUGGGACAGGUUGGAGACGGAGGGAGGUUCCGAAGCGAAGUCUCCGACGAUUCAAGUGUCAUCCAUCGGAGCUAUCAUCGACAUGAUGCAGCGUGGUGGGGGAGACCAGAGAAAUCUGGAGUUCUUCGCGGACAUGGACGCGAUCGAGCAGGCGGAAAAGCUCUUGUAGGAAUAGAAUGCAGGGAUAUAGUAUCUGGGGAGGGCGUACGGUCUUCACUUGGACCCAAGCUCAAAGGGGCCUGCCUGCAGGCCGUAGUCUCAAGCCACCCUGUCUGUAGAAUCACACAAGGCUCGACCGAAGCAGCCAUCCUGCGGUGAUAACGUAAAAAAAAGCCCAAAGUAAAGUGCGACGUUCAAGGCUGGUCCUGGUGCUUCAUUUGGGUUUGGUUUUAUUUUGUUUAACUCAGCAGUCAGGCUUAUAGAUUUUUUUUCUUGUUUGCCGCGGACGGGAAAUCAUUUGGCGGUCUGUACAGAUAGUUAUCGGUCCUCACGGAGGGGGUAGAUGGAUGGGUUGUUUUCGCCACCGUAACCAUAUGCUGAUGUCUCUAGUAGAGAGACGUCGGGAACAGCGAUCAAGCGGUUCGACCAAUGUUUUGGUGGUGCACCGCGUGUACAUCCGUUUCGACGAAGUCCGUUGGGCGUAUG